UGACAGGAUGUCCCUGUGGACUCCCUAACUCCACUGCAGCGGGGGAGGGGCUCCUUGACACCAAGAUUUUAAAAGUCCCAAGUUCAGAACAAGAUCAGAAAACUCACAGGUAAAGCUAUAGUUAUUGCAGAGUUCUGAAAAGAAGUAAAACAUGAAGGGACUCAGAAGUCUGGCAGCAACAAUCUUGGCUCUUUUCCUGGUGUUUUCUUUCCUGGGAAACUCCAGCAGCGCUCCGCAGGGACUGUUUGAGAGAAGGAACUGGACUCCGCAAGCGAUGCUCUACCUAAAAGGAGCACAGGGGCGCCGCUUCCUCUCCGACCAGAGCCGGAGGAAGGACCUCUCCGACCGGCCACUGCCGGAAAGACGAAGCCCAAAUCCUGAACUGCUAACUCUUCCAGAGACAGCAGCCCUAUUACUGGCUUCCUUACAGAAACCACAAGAAGAUGAAGAAGAAAACUUUGAUCAAACCAGAUACCUGAAGGGCAGUCUGAUAAACUGGUGAAGAUAUAUCAGAUUAUGUGCAAUUAUAGUUCUAUUCUGUUGAAAACAUGAACCACGUGAAUAAAACCCUUGGACCCUUUUUA